AUGACUGCCCAGACCUUUCGUCAGAUCUCAAAUCACAAUCUCCAGACAUUCCGCCACAAUUAUGUGUCGGAGAUUUCGGGUUCGCUCGGCGAUCUCGGAACCUUUCUCCCCAUCGCCAUAGCGCUGGCCAUCAACGGUACUGUCUCGCUGUCCAGCACCCUCAUCUUCUCAGGGCUCUUCAAUAUCUUGACGGGUCUAUUCUUCGGGAUUCCACUUCCUGUACAGCCCAUGAAAGCAAUUGCUGCGGUAGCAAUCGCCAGAUCCUUCAACAAUGGCACCAUUGCCGCUGCCGGAAUCUUCGUGGGCGCGAUCAUUUUCAUAUUCAGCAUCACUGGCCUACUGCACUGGUUCGCAGACGUAAUUCCUAUCCCUGUUAUCAAGGGUAUCCAGGUUGGGGCAGGCUUAUCGCUUGUUAUUGCUUCUUGUGGGAAUAUCCUGUCUUCUCUGGGAUGGGUCGGGCCGUCAUGGGCGGAUAACCGGAUUUGGGCCAUCGCGGCGUUCGUCUUCCUCAUCAUCACCAAUGUUUAUCGCAAGGUACCCUAUGCGCUGGCAGUAUUCAUCCUUGGCAUCAUCUUUGCCAUUAUCCGCAGUGCACUAGUAGCUGAUUUGCCGUCUUUCACGUUCUGGCAUCCUUACACCGUCGUCCCCACUCCCGGUCAGUGGUCCGUGGGUGCUCUUGAUGCGGGUAUCGGACAGAUUCCGCUCACGACGCUGAACUCCAUCGUCGCCGUCGUACAUCUUGCGGGCGACCUGAUCCCGAAUGUACGUACGCCUUCGAUCACGUCUGUCGGACUCAGCGUUGCCGCAAUGAACCUGGUGGGGUGUUGGUUCGGCGCCAUGCCUGUCUGUCACGGUUCUGGCGGACUGGCCGCCCAGUACCGAUUCGGAGCACGAUCUGGCUCCAGCGUGAUUCUCCUAGGCUUACUGAAGUUGGUGAUUGGUAUCUUUUUCGGUGAAAGCUUGGUGGGCCUGUUGAAACGGUUCCCUUCAGCGCUAUUGGGAGUAAUGGUGAUAGCUGCGGGUCUGGAGCUGGUCAGCGUUGGAGAGAGUCUCAAUACCACGGGUGCCCGGGAUAUCAUGAAGGCCAAUUUUGGAAUUUUGGGUGAUACCAGACAGGAUAUUUCGCCGAUGCUCAGUGAUGCAGACCGCAAGAGACGAUGGACGGUCAUGAUGGUUACCGUGGGGCUGUUGGUUGGGUUUAAGAAUGAUGCGAUUGGAUUCCUGGCUGGUAUUCUGUGCCACCUCGGCUAUGAGCUGCCUGGUCUCUGGGAAAAAGUACGAACUCGGUGGAACGAGGGUCGGGUCAGAUUGCAAUAA